CAAAUCGAAUCAUGUCCCUCAGUUACGAUUCGCAUUAAUUUCGGUGAAAAAGCUUUUUCCUGAAUUAAUUUAGUCGCUAUAACGAUUUCAUGUCGAUCGAACGACGCCGAAACACGAAGAUACUCAGUGCGCGUCUCGAACACGUCGCUGCGGGUGUCCUUAGGGCCAGCUAUUUUUGUUUGUAGCCCAGUUUCACAGUAAAUAUUGUUUUUAAUGUCGAAAUGUGCUGAUGCAGUGAGUUUUUUUUAACUUCUUCCUCCGUUGCAGUGUUGUACUGAAGCGUGAAGUUGCAAUAUUCUUGUGAAAUCCGAUUUCGAUGUCACAAUUAAGUUAUGUUUAGUUCAGUGCCAAAAGUAAAUUAACCGAAUCAAUCAAUAUCUUUACGAACUGUGAAAAUGUUUAUAUUUAAUAUAUUCAGCGAGUACAUCGAGCGUUACGACCUCACAUAUCUGAUGCAUAUUCUUCUAAGUUGUUAAUGAAAUAACUACAAUUAAAAGUGUUAAACUUGUCUGUCCAAUGGCGGCAGUUUUGAUAUUAUUAUGUGUGACUGCUGUUCGAUAAUGAGAAGAGUGUUCGGUGCCUGCUCCGAUGGCUGGCUGCUCUGCGGACAGAAUGUGAGCGGCCAGUAGCUGCCUGACUAUAUGUUGUCUGGCUCCCCCCACGGCUCGGUGAUGUCGUGCCAGUCGCUGGCGGCGCGCGCGUUCGCCGAGCCAGACAAGGAUCCGCAUUGCGCCUCGCGCGCCACCUUCCACAGAACGGUGCGCUUCAGUCCAGAUUCUAGAAGUCAGACUAGAACUCCUGACACUGAAUGCAAGCGAGAAACGUCAGGCUCGGUGUCGCUGAGCGCGCUGCCGGCGGCCUCGGCGCCCGCGGCCGCGCCCGCCGCGCCCGCCGCCCGCGACGCGUCGCCGCCCCCCCCGUGCCGCUUCCCCAAGCUGGAGGAGUGCGCGCACUUCCACUACGAGCGCGUGCGGCUGGGCGGCCUGCGCGUGGCGCUCGUGGCGGCCGACGCGCCCGCAGACGCGCCCGACGAAGGCUGGGUGUGCUUGAAGGUGCGCUCGCACGUGAACGACUCGCCGACGUCGGAGUCGCGCGUGCUGUCGGCCAGCUGGACGGAGGCGAGCGACGUGCGCGAGUGGACGCUCACCCGCAAUAGGGACCACUUCCUGCAGCUCGACGACAUGCUGCAUCGAUGUAUAUACGAUCGCAAAGUUUCCGGUCUGCCGAACCUGAAGGACGCCAUGACCCCGGAGCUGCUGCAGGACGAGGCGGAGUACAAGCAGCUCAUCUCGGACUACGUGCACCACCUGUCCAUCAUCGCGGACGACUCCAUCAACUGCGGGCCGGCCCUGAACUGGUUACAAAUGGAUAACAAGGGUCACAAGCUGCUCGUGUCCAACGAGGACUCGAGCUCCAUAAACACGCCGGCCGUGGCCGCCGCCUACUCCGUCCGGAAAUACGUCUCGCAGGCACGGGACGAGAUCAGCUUCGAGGUCGGCGACAUGAUAUCAAUAAUCGACAUGCCAGGUCCGCAGGAGUCCACGUGGUGGCGCGGCAAGCGCGGCUUCCGGGUGGGCUUCUUCCCCCACCACUGCGUCGCCGUCAUCGGGGACAAGGUGCCGCGAAACAUGACGCAGCCGCCGCCCAUCGUCGGGUCGGUGGCCGUCGCCCCGAUCAAGCCGGUCCUCAGGAAGCACGGCAAGCUGAUCUCGCUGUUCCGCAGCUUCAUCCUGUCGAGGCCGUCGCGGCGGAGUCUCAAGCGGCAGGGCAUCCUGCGCGAGAGGGUGUUCGGGUGCGACCUCGGCGAGCACCUGCUGAACUGCGGACACGACGUCCCGCAGGUGCUGGUGGCGUGCGCGCGCGGCAUCGAGCGGCGCGGCGCCGUGGACGGCGUGUACCGCCUGUCGGGCGGCGCGGCGCUCACGCAGCGCCUGCGCGCCGCCUUCGACGCCGGCGCGCGCGUGGACCUGGCGCCGGCGCUGCAGCGCGACCCGCACGCGCUGGCCUCGCUGCUCAAGAUGUACUUCCGCGAGCUGCCCAACCCGCUGUGCACGUACCAGCUGUACGACGCCUUCGUGCGCGCCGUGCAGGCGCCCGACGAGCUGCGCCUGCGCGCCGUGCGCGACGCCGUGGUGAAGCUGCCGCCGCCGCACUACCGCACGCUGGCCUACCUCAUGCGCCACCUGCGCCGCGUGUCGCUGCUGAGCGCGUCCACCGGCAUGACGGCGCGCAACAUGGCCAUCGUGUGGGCGCCCAACCUGCUGCGCUCGCCCGAGCCCGCGCACGCGCUGCAGGGCGUGGCCGUGCAGGCCGUCGUCACCGAGUUCCUCAUCUGCUACGCCGAGGAGCUGUUCGCGCAGGAGCAGGGCGCCGACUCGGGGCCCGGCUCCCUCGAGCAGGAUUGUUACGAUUCUCACGUCGAGUUGAGAUGUCUCAACGAAACGGGCAGGCGACCGAAGAGCCUGCCUCUCAACCCUCCCACGAAGUUGUUGAGCCUGGAGGAGGCGCGGCGGCGCGGGCGCCCCGCCGCCCCCGCGCUGCGCCCCGCCGCCCACGCGCCGCCCAAGUACAUCGAGGUCGGGUCGGGCCCGAACAACCUGCCGCAGUACCACACGAUACUCGAUCUACCGGUGCCGGGCUCCAAGCGCGCACUGAAGCGCUCCCCGUCGGGCUGGCGCGGCCUGUUCAGCCGCAGCAAGCGCCCGCCCAGCGCGCCGCCCGCGCCGCCCGCGCCGCAGGCGCCGGCGUGCCCGGGCGCGCUGCGGCCCGCCAAGUCGUGCGAGUCGCUGACGUCGGAGCCGGACGCGCUGCCGCCGCUCGCCGCCGCCGCCGCGCCGCUCAAGCACCACACGCGGUCGGCGUCGUGCGACUCGUACUUCGAGCCGUGGCAGGCGGAGCUGGCCGGCAUGCGGCUGCGCCUGUCGCCGCAGGAGCGCGACCGGAACAUGUUCAGCGAGGAGGACGACGCCGCCGGACACCUCGCGCACCACGCGCAGGACGACUCGCUGUGCUCGAGUCCGCCGGAGUCCAUCCCCGCCAGCGCCGUCGCCUCGCCGCGCCGGAACGACUACGACACCGCAGAGAGGAAGCGAGCCGCGCUGGCGAGGCUGGAGGCGCAGGUGGCGCAGCUCGGGUACAUCGACGGGGACGCCGACACCGCGACCGACGGCCAGCCCGCCAAGAGAAUAUGCAAAGACCGCGACAGUCCGCUGUCGUCGACGUCGGACUUCCAAGCUUCGCUGACGAGCGUUAAGCUCAGAGAUCGUAACUCGCCGAGGAAACAAAAGAACACGUCUCGAUACAGCGGCUUGCACAAUCCGGUUCUGAGCGAUCCGGACAAGCCGCCGUCGCGGCUGACGUGGCACGGCAAGGACGGCCACUCGACGCUGAUCAAGAUCGACUGGCCGGCCGAGAACUCGUCCGUGAGCAACUUGACCACCAGCACCGUGCACUCCACGCCCGUGACGCCGGCCACGCCCGUCUACGACCCGCUGGAGAGCGACUCGGAGCUCAGCGAGAACAAGCACACGAUAACAAUCAAGAGCAGCGAUUGUAACACCUGCGACGGAGAGAAGUGUCUCAAGUGCGAGUUGAAAGCCACGGACUACGAGAACAUGAAGACAGUGUCGCGCGACUACUCCGAGCACAACCUGCACGACAGCCUCGAGCCCAGCCCGCUGCACUCGACCGACAUCAGCUACCAGAACCUGAACAGGCUGUCGGCUGUAUCGACGUCGUCCAACUCGGAGCAGCACUCCCACAAGAAGGAGGGUGACGUCAUGAGGGUCAUGACGUCAUCUCACGAGAGCUCGUCGAGCUACUCCAACGUGAGCUACAAACAAGAUGAGCUGUAUGAGUGCUAUAACUUCUCCAGACCCAAUUAUAUUAAUCUCUCGUCGAGCACGUCGAAGAGCUCGCCCGGGAGCCCUUUGAAGAGUCCGAUAAAGUCAACUAUUAGCAUAACGUUCAGGUCUCCGGUCAAGACUAAAACUCCUGAUUACGAACCGAUAGGAAACAAUGAGACUCCGACCAACGAGAGGGAUUCGGUGUACGAGGAUAUAGAUUUAGAGAAAAAUCUAUCUAUUGUCGAGGAGGCCAGCGUCCCGCAGACGGACGCCAGUCUGCCGACGCAGGAGGCGUGCCAGCCGGACGACUUCGACCGCGACCUGAUCAUUCUCGAAACUCCGACGGAACCCGACGUAGACGACGGCGUAGACGUGUACAGUCAAGUUAAAUUCUUCAAGAAAAGUAUAGAGGAAGUUAACGCUAUGAUACUAGAGACGCCCGAGAAAGAGACGGAAUAUGAAAAUGUAGCGUUCGCGGAAACGAGACGGCGCGAGUACGAAAAUAUAAAUGUUGAUACUCUUAAAAUCUGUGAUAAAGUAGAAAUAAGUAGCGUAGACACGAGCGAAAAUGGAUCUUUGGAAGGAGAAAACGGUAAUGUCAUAAAGCCCAGAAUCGCAACAAAGAAUUUAAAUGUCAGAGAACUGGCGAUAAGGUUUGAAAGUCCAACGGAACAAAAGGGGCCCUUCACGUUCGAUAAAUUUAAAACUGACGUGAAGUAUCCUACGUUAGAGCGAAAAGACGACAAACGAGAGACGAGGAAGAAGGAGACAAAAAAUCCUCCGCCCAUUUCACCGAAAACUUACAAAUUAACGAAAAAUUCCAAUGCGAGAUCGCUGGACGAGAACGCAUUCAUCAAAGAGUUCGGCAGCGACAAGGACAGGCGAAGGAGCAUGGAGGUCAAAGACGGCAAACGACAAUCGAAAUACUUCCCAGACUUGAAUCUGAACAUGGAAGAGUCGGAGACGAAGGUAGAGAGUAUCACGCCCACUAGCGAAAACAAGUUGUCGCUGAUACAAAGAUUUGACGUCAAAAAGCCAACAGACUUGAAAAAUAUAAUCGGCUUCGACACGGAGAAGAAAUUAAGUCGGGAAAGGAUUGAGAAGUACAAGGAGGAGAGGAGAAAUUUCCUCCGGGAGAAAUACAGCUCCCAAUCGUUCAGAAGUAACCCGGAGCAGUUGACGCGCAUCAAACUUAAAAAAGACGAUAAGAAUGACUGCGAAAGAUUAAAAGAAGAUCUGCCGAAGUUCGAACGGAGGAACACCGUCGACCUCGGCCAGAGGAUGCGCUUCUCCCUCGCCAGGAGCGCCAACAACCUGGACACGAUACCGUCCCCCGUGAGCCCCAGCGAGGAGCUGCCUCGGAACGGCGACGCUAGCGAGCGAAGCCGUGACGAGAGGAGAGAAAAGAUUUCACCUUCGUACAACAUUCGCGACAUGGCCGCCAUUUUCGAGCAGAAAUCACAGAGCAACGGUUGACGCUCGCGCCGUUACAACGUGUAACGUACACCGCUAUAACGUUGCGAAAAUAACAAUUAUCCUGUUGCGAGUGAGACCGUUGUUACUUAAGUUAUUUGAAAUUGUUUUUAUUGAAAGGCUUUUUGAAAAUGUAUAAUGUGUUUAAUGUUGGCUAAGAUUAAUUAUUUACGUAUAAUUGAAUUAGCGGAAUUUGUCAGCGAAUGUCCGCCACGACACCGCACACAGUUAAACAAAUUUGAUUGUUCAACGUUUUGUCGUUAUUUAUAUAUUGUGAGAACAUUGCGCCGAUAGUAAACUAGAGUCACGGCUCUGUUUGUUAAUGACGGUUGUGUGUGUGUGUGUGCAUGUCUUAACGGAGAUUAUAUUGUUACAAUUGCCUAAGUUUUAUUAAUUAAUUCUAAACUAUAUAACGAAGAACGAAAUAACUGAAAAUACGUGGACAUGAUAAAUAAACGUCUACAGGAAUGUUAAAAAUAACUGACUCCCGUACAAAUGAUGUCGGUGUGGAGCGGUGAUGAGAACGCUAACGGUAAUUCCCCGCUAAAUCGCAGAUAUGAUUUUGUAACACAAAAGUAGCAAACACAAGCUGUGUAAUGACUUCCGCGAGUGCUUUAUAAUCGCGAACGGCCAUACUGGAUAUUAUUAUGUUUCUCGUGAAAUAAACUCCGAAACAUAGGGAUCGUUGUUUGUUAUUAUUAUUUAUUUUUUAAACUGUAGUUUUAAUAUUUGACUUGAAAAAAUACUGCAUUAUUUUAUUUUAUUUCGGCGAUUAUCGUUAUUCUAUUCUUUGUAUUAAAGAAAAUAAUGAGUACAAUGUGAGACCCUAGCUCUAUUGUUUUGGUGAACUUAAAAAGUCCAAUCAGUAUGUAGAUAGAAUAAUAGAUAACAUUUAAACAUAUUCGAAACUCAAAUAUUCAAACGGUAAUUAUAUUAAAGUUUUUCGCUCUUUACCGACCGUGAGACAUGUUUUAUUAAUAUAUAGAAUCGGCCAGAAACGAAUUUUCACACAAUUAUUAAAUUUAGAUAAAUUUUAAAUAUUACGCAACAAACAAAGAGGAUAAGUUAGUAAUGAGCGAGAAACGCACAGACGAUUCCUCACAUUUCCCCAAAUAGCUCUGUCCUUGUCGCACUAAUGCAGUAUUUUUUCGUUGAAGUCGAUAACGAAACAUCACGUCUCUAGUAUUAUUAAUGGUUAUGCUUUUAUUCUAUGAAUAGUUGUGUAAUGUGUUGUGAACAUUGGAAUCUCUUUUAUUUUACGUCCCUGGAAUGCUAACGAGGACCGCGAGGGUGGACGCGCCGGGAUAAUAUACCGCGUUAUAUAAAUGCUAUAAAACAAUAGUCAACGUCUUAAGUAAAUUACUUUGUCUGCUAAAAAAAAAAAAAAAACAAAUAUUUCCUAUUAAGUGUAAAAUAUUCUUGAUGAUGAAAAUAUUAGAUAAACAUUCUAUAUGUUCGUUAUCUCAUAUAGCAACACUCAAUUAAUAUAAAAAAAAUGAAACGCCGUGUUGCCAUAAUAAAGAUUGCAUUUAUUGUUUUACAAGGAACAAUUUUCAUAUAAACUAACGUUGAAUGUUAAACUACGAUGCGAUUAUUAUUAAGAAUAUUCGUUAAGUUCAAUAAUAGUUACAAAUGAACAAAUUAAUAUUAUUAAGAUAAGAAUCAUAUAUUUGAAAUUUAAUUCUUGAUAAUACAUACUACUAUGUAGCGAUGACUUCUCUUGCUAGAAACCAAAUCGAUUGGUAAUGAAAAAUUUUAUGAAAUAAUAAAUUUAAGACAAUAAAAUGAAUUGAUUAAUUAUUGUAAAUCGCAUUUUUUCCUUCUCUAAUAGUUUACCCGAAAUGUUUCAAUAUUCUUAUAUAAAAGCUUUUGACGUUUUGUAAUAUAUUCAAGAAUUUACUUAAUGGCUUAAAAGAAACUCGUUUCGAUUAUUUUUUAUCACAACAUUCAAAUAUACAUUUAUUAUCUGUAAUUUAAAGAUGUCUGCCAAUAAUUAAUAUCAUAGUAAUAAUUUCUAAACGUGGUAUAUUGAUGUCGUUAUUGAUGGGAAUGUAUUUUUUUUAUAAAUAGUGCUGAUUCGGUUCACACAACUUCAAACUAAUUUGAUAAAACUAAACUCCAGCUGUCUCUUUUAACCGCACACCUCAGAAAGAGAUAACAAUAUAUUUUAGUCUUUUAUAAUAAAUCAGCUUAAAGAUUAUGUAAGUAUUAAAUAGAACGAGUAAGAAUUUCUUUUCAGCCAUUCAAAUAAAUCUCUUUUUAAAUAUAACAGACUGUAAAUCUGCCAAAUGUAUGUAAAAUUUCUUGCAUUUUGUAAAUUGUUAUGUGUAUGUAUGGAAAAAUAAUGUGUCUGACCAAAUGAUUAAUAUAUAUGUAUGCAAGUUCUCAAAGAUCGGGGAUGAGAUUACUGGUGUUUGUUAUACAAUUAUGAUUGUUAUGAUAUUUUAUAACAUAAUUUUAUAUGUUACACAAAGCUGUGCAAAAAGAUAGCUUAAAACAUCGGGCUUAAAGUCCGACCGCUGUCCACCUGAUACGGUGAACAUUUUAAUUAACAUUCGCAAGAUAAUGUCGCGUUGGUCAUUCUCAUUAUAUUUCUAAAUAUAAGAUCUUUUACGAUUCUACAUUGUAUCCGUUUCUCAUAGACAUGUAACGUAAGGGUAUUUGUAAAUUAUAAAGUCGUAACGAGCAACGAACGGUCGUCGGACUGCAUUCGGGAGUGAUUGAACAAUUUGGGACCACGAGCCGCGCGUCGCUGUCUGUUCGCUGCUGUAUUCAAUAGUCGACUCGGUUCAAUGUGUGAAGUUCGACGACCAGUUAGUGUUUCGUUCAAACCGAAUGCAGUCACGUGUUGCAAUUAUACAAACUGAGCUUUAAGCGACUCCUCGGAGCUUUGCUGUAUUUAUAAAGUGUAAUUUAUUAUAUGAUGUUUAAAGACAAAUUCUACCGGCUUGUAACCUAGAGUAGCGAACGAAAUUGAAUAUACACAAUAAAACGUAUUAUUGAAAUCAUUAAA